AUGUCCGGGUUUACACACGAUAGAACUACUGAGGUCCUACCCGACAGACACGAUGUUGAAACUGCUUCGACUGCCGGCAGUGCUCAAGCAGGAGUACAGCGAGCAGCAUUACUACGAAAGACGUGGUCUAAAAAGGGCAUGAUAAUUACUUUUAUAGGUCUAUUCCUAUAUACACUCGCGACGCACUUUGGAGAUUAUUCUAGCCAGGUCUAUAUUCCAUACACCACAAGUUCCUUUAAGAGCCACUCCUCGAUGAGUGCAGCAAGAGUGGCCAGUAAUAUAGCAAGUAUUACUGCAUACCCUAUCAUUGCUAAACUGGGAGAUGUAUUUGGAAGAGGAGAGAUGUUCACCUUUUCGAUUCUGAUCACCACAUUGUGUUAUGCCAUUUAUGCUGCAUGCACGAAUAUAUCGCAAUAUGCUGUUGCUGCAGUCUUCCACUCUGUCGGCUCGACCGGGUUCGGUCUCACGCAGCAAGUCUUUAUCGCCGACGUUACAAACCUGAUCAACCGUGGUCUAUGGUCAACAUUGCCCGACUCAUUAUCCACCAUACCAACAUUAUACCUUGGCACAACGAUUGGGCAAUCCGUGUUGGACCACUCCACCUGGCGCUGGGGCUGGGGUAUGUGGGCUAUCGUACUGCCUAUCUGUGGUCUUCCCCUACUGGGUUCUGUAUUCUUCCACCAACACCGAGCAAUGAGAAACGGACUCGGUAAAAAGCACUUUGCUGCUCAGCUGGGGUUACACGAGGCCCAACCAUGGUGGAAGCAGGCAUAUGAACUAUUAUGGGUUCAGCUCGACCUCCCAGGUGCUCUUCUUCUCCUAGCAGGGUUGGCUCUAACUUUGAUACCUAUUUCCUUAACAGGAGCGAAUCGAAGUGAUCGUUGGCAGAGUGCUACAUUCAUUGCACUACUCGUCGUCGGUGUUGUACUCCUCGUUCUUUUUGCUCUCUGGGAUAUUUUCGUUGCCAAGAAGCCAUUCAUCCCAUACAGAAUGGUUAAGAGCAGGACAGUCGCAGCUGCCUGUUUAUUAGGAGCCUUAGACUUUCUUCAUUACUCCAUGUUCACCGUAUUCUACAGCAGCUACCUUCAAGUAGUGGGUGGCUAUUCUCCCGGACAUGCGACUAGGAUUGAUAAUGCGCUACGCGUAUCCUUCCAAGCUUCAGGCAUCUUCGCUGGCCUUUUCAUGAAAUACACCAAGCGGUCGCAAAUCUGGGUCCUAGUCGGAGCUCCUCUCUGCGUCCUUGGCAUGGGCAUCCUCCUCUAUCUCAUUGAUAUGGGAGACGGUAAAAUGGGCAACGAGGCAUCUUUUGUAACAGCAAAAGCAUUAAUCGGGAUCGGUCGAGGAUUCUACCAAACCGCAUCGCAGGUCUCAGCACAAGCGGUAGUAUCGAAGCAAGAAAUAUCCGUUGUGACGGCUGUAUUUUUCGCAUCAAUGGGGGUAGGCGGAGCGAUAGGGACCAGCAUAUCAGGUGCAAUAUGGCGAAACAACCUUCCCACAAAACUACGGAAAUAUCUCCCCGAUGAACUAAAGCCGCAAGCGAUGGCUAUCUUCCAGUCUAUCGUCACGGCUAAGAAAUAUGCCAAGGGAACGCCAGCCCGGGAGGCUAUCGAUCGCAGCUAUCGAGAGACACAACGGCUUCUGGCGAUUGGGGGUUUGUGUGCUGUGUCACCAAUGCUUAUUGUUAUGUUCUUCUUAAAGAAUGUGCAUCUCGAUAAGCGAGAUAAUGUGGUCGGGGAUACAGUGGAAAGGUCAGAUAAAGUAGAGGGUGAAUCAGCGAAGCAGAUGACUUGA